AUGACAUUAAAAAUAUUAAACAAAAAAUUUUUAAAAUUUUAUGAUAAAAAGAGGUUUUCAGCAUGGACGAAACAUCAAAAAAUAUUUCAAUCUUGUAUAGAUUAUAAAUAUAUUAGGGAUAAUGAGGAAGAAAUAAAGUCUAUAUGUCUAAAGAGGAAUUGCAAGACAUCAUUUGAUAAUGUUUCACGAAUUAUUAAUUUAUAUGAAACUUAUCUUGGAUAUAUAAAAUUACGAGAUAAUUUAUUAAAUCAAAGACGCAGUCUAACAAAUAGUAUUAAGCAAGAGAUUUCUAGUGGAAAUGAUGUUUUACAACAGGAAUUUAUUCGUAGUGCAUCUGAACUUAAAAAAGAUAUUCAAAAAGUAAAAGAAAAUAUUCAUUUUACUCAAUCUGAGCUUUUACAACUUGUUUUAACAAUACCGAAUAAUAUUCAUCCGCUAUCUCCUAUAGGUUCAGAAGAAAAGGCAAAAAUUAUGAAAUAUAUUAAUUCGGAUAAACAAUUUUUUAUAUCUAAACCAAAAGAUCAUAUUGUUAUUGCUAAUAUGUUGGGAUUAAUUGAUUUCGAUGCAGCUACUAAGACAUCAGGACAUGCAUUUUAUUUUCUUAAGAAUGAAGCAGCGCUUAUGGAAAUAGCUCUUAUAAAUUAUGUAUUAGAAAAAGCAAUAAAUGCAGGAUGGGAAUUUGUUAUACCUCCAACUAUUGUUCGUUCAGAAGUAGUUUCAGCUUGUGGAUUUCAGCCUAGAGAUGACUAUAAUGAUACGCAAAUAUACUUUUUAGAAAGUCCUAAUACGGAAUUAAAAUAUUGUCUUUCUGGCACAUCAGAAAUUCCUAUAGCAGGCAUGGAAAUUAAUAAAAUUUUAAAGGGCUCUGAUCUUCCAAAAAAAGUAGUUGGUAUUAGUCGUGUUUAUAGAUCUGAAGCAGGUUCAAGGGGUAAAAAAUCAAAGGGCUUAUAUCGAGUACAUGAAUUUACAAAAGCAGAAUUGUUUGCAUGGAGUGAUCCUAAAAAUAGUGAUCAAAUUUUAGAGGAUAUUUUGAAACUUGAAGAAAAUAUUAUAGAAGAGCUUGGUUUGUAUGGAAGAAUAUUGGAUAUGCCUACAUUUGAAUUGGGUGCAUCAGCAUAUAGAAAAUAUGAUAUAGAAGUUUGGAUGCCAGGCCGAGGGAUAUGGGGAGAAGUUACAUCAUGUUCUAAUUGUACAGAUUAUCAAACUAGGAGAUUAAAUACUCGUUACAUGGCUUAUCCCGGCGAUAAAUUAAGCUGGCCUCAUACAUUAAAUGGUACUUUAGCUGCUAUACCACGACUGAUCAUUGCAAUUUUGGAAACAUAUCAAAAUCAUGAUGGAAGUAUCAGGAUUCCUAAAGUUUUGCAAAAAUAUAUGGGAGGUAUGAUGAAUAUUGCAGUAAAAAAAAAAACAUAA